UCUCUGUCUCUCAAACAACACGAACCUCCUUCGGGGAUUUGCUCGAGCUUUGUCUGAUCAAUUACGUGGAUUUCUGAUCAUAAUUCAGUUGAAGCAGCUGAUAAAGAAAGAGAAGGGCAGCAGUGAUACUGAACCCUCUUGCUUGAUUGCUUGUUGGAGCUUUUACGAAGCUCGUAGAUCACUGUAACAUGAAGCGCAAGCGUGGACACAAGAAAGGCAAACCGAAGAGCUCUGUCGCAGUGGCUGCAACUGAGACGUCGAGACCUAAUGAAGGUAAUCUCGGCAUGGAGGGUGCCGAUCCCAAGGGACAUGAGUCCGAAAUGGAAGCCGAUACACCUUCCUCGUCAGGGACCGAUCAACCGUGCAAUGUUGCAAAUAUUAAUCCGGACGGCUCCAUCGAUAGGACAACUGGGAGAUCGGUGGGGCAUGUCAAAGUCAAGCUCAAGACUUCAAAAUAUUUGGAAUCACGAGGCGCUUCUUCGGAUGCACCCUCUCGCAGUGAUACUGACAAGAGCAGCCACCAGGGCUUAGAGAAACAGGGUACAAUCUCUGAGAAAAUGGACGACAGUGCCAACUCUUUGGCCGAAACAAUCGCGGCUUUUCCUGCUAAUCCUGCAAAGAAAGCUGGGAGCAUCAAAAUUAAGACGUCAAGGGCGAUAGUUUCCUCUCGCAGUCAGACAAGUAAUACUCAUGCAGUAGUAGGGGAAGGCGAGAGUUCACAUCAAAAGGAGCCAAGAGCCCUGUAUCAAGGCUCUCGCUACAAUAAGGAGGAGUUAGAUGCUGCGUUGAUGGUCAUUAAGAAGGUAAUGAAAAUGGAUGCAGCGGAACCUUUCAACGUUCCUGUGGAUCCCGUUGCUUUGCAAAUACCUGACUAUUUUGAUGUCAUUGAUACUCCAAUGGACUUUGGAACAAUAUGCAGCAAUCUUGAAAAUGGUGUUAAAUAUCUUGAUUCGGCGGACGUUUUUAAUGAUGUAAAGUACAUUUGGGGGAACUGUUACAAGUACAACAAUAAGGGUGACUACAUCCUGGAUUUAAUGAGGCGGGUGAAGAAAAAUUUUAUGAAGUAUUGGACUGCAGCUGGUUUAUACACUGAACAAGGCAAAGGAACCAAUGAUGGCGAAACCCAGCAAGCUGAUAUGUCUAGCCAAGGAAAGGUACAAACAAAAGUUGGUAAAUACAAAUCAAAGAAACGUCCUGGAAUGAGACGCCAUAAAAAUGAUUGUUUAUGUGCUAUCUGCGUGUUAAAGCGGCGGAGGAAAGAGCGGGAGGAUAAGGAAAGAAUGGCUAGAGGUCAGACUGGAAUUGGUGAUGAGUUGAAGCAAGAGGACACAUCUCUUGUGGAAAGUCCGGUCGCUGAGGAUUCAUCAUCAGAUGCAGAUGAUUCUCUGGACCACAAUGCGGAUAUUGAACAGGAAGAAAAAGGAGAGGAAGUUGAAUUGGAGCUUCCGCAGCAGCAAAACAGUCCUCGGCUGGAAAAGGAUAAUGACAAUGGUGAGGAGGAGGGCGAGAACGACAUGGAGAUUCAAAAAGACAUUGAAACUCAAACUCCGGAGCAGUUGCAGUCUGGCAAAUCUUUGGGGGAAGAUCCUUCCACCUCACAAACUAUAGUGGAGUUGAGCGGGGGACUUGUAGAUAGCAUGCUGAAAGAAAACAUAGGGGAUCCACGUGAAGAAACUGAAACAGUUCAGCUACAAAAGCAGAAGGAGAUGGAGAGGAAUCACAAAGCUCUGCUGUAUGAGAACUUCUGCGGGAAUCCGAUGCUUUUAAGUAUAUGUGGAGCUCUCUUCCCCGAAAAACGUAAUUCUGUUUGGAGUGGGCCUCAUUCACUUGUGCCCCGUCCUCGCGAUACACGUAGUUUUCUUCAUGCGACUGUUGAGUCACUCAUGAAGUAGUCACUUGGUAUUGAUCUUAUGUUUAACCAACUUAGAAUUAGAUUAGCAGAGAAAUUGUUGUUGCAGUUUCAAAUUUUGGAUGUAACAACAUGGUAUUAUAUAAUCUCUUGAUGUGCUUGC